UCAAGCUAAUCUCCUCCCAAAUCCGAAAGGCCUAAUUUUAUUCCAUUUCAUGGCUCCUACUUCUACUUCUCUGCCGGAGCCGCAGCCCUUCACCUUCACAAGUCCAGUCUCGUCAGAAACCCAUGAGGACGCACUCGACUUCGACUACGGAUCUUGGAUCGAGCGAUCCAAGAUCGCCAACCACUGCUCCAAUCUGUGGCCGGACGACGCGGAGGCGCAGGCGAUCAGCAGGCACCACCGGGAGAUGAUGCUGCGAGCAGCGGACAGCCUGCCUGAAGAAGCCUAUGAACUGUCUCUGAGAGACCUCAGCGAGCUGUCUCUGCCUAGUAGGGCCACAACCACGGAUGAACCAGCAUCGAGCGGUUCGUUCAGAUGGAGCACGGCAAGGGGUCCUUCCAACACCAAGCCCUGGCGGAAGAAGACCCCGUCUAUGGAGGGGGCAAGCUUCAUCAUCAAGCUGUUCAUGCCUUCGCCGUCAAGAGCUGCCGCUGCUGGUGGCCGGAGGAGGAGGAAGAGCUUCUCCAAUUCGACAGCGUCAGCCCUGCGAGAAAAUAAUGCGUCUGUCAACGAUAGUUCCAGGGUGAAUGCAGCUUCUCGGACGAUAAUGGACCUUAGCUCUACACGCAGCCAUAGCAUGCCAAGGAAGAACCAAGACACUACCAACAGGAAACCAAUGGGCUGCUAUCCAUUCUUCAAUUGCAGCAAGUACAGAGUGAAAAGGGACGCCGGUGGCCGCUUGUGCAUCUAGAUUUCUGAUGGAGGCUGGAGAUCAAUCAUUAGGGAGGGGUGUAUGCACAUAAUCUUAAUAAUCUUAGUUAGCAGUUACAUUAUUCUGUUCCAAGUUGCAAGUAGCGCAAAAGGCCGCAAAAUACGUAGAGAGUGGUACAUAAAUGUGACAGACCCGCCGAGUUAAAAUGUUUAAUUAAGCAUAACCGCCAUCAGUUGGUGUAUUAGCUUAAUUAAGUGUAACUUGACAGGC